AACGACGUCGAUGUGAUCCCAAACAGUGAUUCAAAGUUGAAACGGACGGGCAUUCCAAAGCGAAAAAACAAACAAGGAUCAUAAAUAAAGGUCAGCGAGUCAGACCGACCCACCGAAAAACCCAGAAUCAUUCAAGACGUACGACCUGACGCGCGCGACGCAUUCCAACUGCCGAAACCUCCGCCCGCCUCCGUCGACGAAAUUCAUACCACUCUCUUCCUCUCCAUCAAUACCAUUUCCCCCUCCUAUAAUUCACCGUGCCUCACAAGUCAAAGAGGACAAGCUGCGAGCUUUUCCGGUGGUUUUCGUAAGUUCCGGCCAAACGCCAAGGUGAGACGGUGGAGCCUCUUCCAGUGACGAUCCUGGGAAGGAUCGUGCGUAGUUCUUACCUGCCCUAUUCAAAUCAGAAUUUGAAAGCCAUCAUGGAAACUAUGUCGUUGGAUUUCCUUGUGCCGUCCUUGUGGGAGAUCAAGGUUACAGUGGCUGCCUCCAUCUAUGUGAUCUUCGCUUACUGGUUCUUCACGUACAGAGGCGGCGGAGAUGGCUACUGUGAUCGCUCACUUGCUGACAAUUCGGGUGAAUCUGGGGAUGCCAUAGAGGAGAAGGAUGGCACGGUGAAAGGGGAUGCACACAACAAUUCUCCAUAUUUAAUCAAGGUUGAGCUGUUAGCUGCUAAGAAUCUUAUUGGUGCAAACUUAAAUGGCACGUCGGAUCCAUAUGCUAUCAUCACAUGUGGAACAGAAAAGCGAUUUAGUUCAAUGGUCCCUGGUUCAAGAAAUCCCAUGUGGGGAGAGGAGUUUAAUUUUUCUGUUGAUGAGCUUCCUGUCCAGAUUAAUGUGACAAUAUACGACUGGGAUAUUAUAUGGAAAAGCGCAGUUCUUGGUUCAGUGACUGUUCCAGUUGAAAGUGAGGGUCAAACAGGUGCUUUGUGGUAUACAUUAGAUAGCCCAUCGGGUCAGGUUUGUCUCCAUAUAAAAUCAAUAAAACUUCCCGUAACUUCUCCAAGUGGUAGGGUUGUGAAUGGUUAUGGUGGUGGCCGAAGGACACCUUUAGAUAAACAAGAACCCACAGUUGUUCAUCAAAAGCCAGGACCCCUUCAAACCAUAUUUGAUCUACUUCCAGAUGAGAUUGUGGAGCAUAGUUAUUCAUGUGCACUUGAGAGGUCGUUCUUAUAUCAUGGCCGUAUGUAUGUCUCUGCAUGGCACAUUUGCUUCCACUCUAAUGUGUUUUCUAAGCAAAUGAAGGUGCUCAUACCAGUUGGUGAUAUUGAUGAGAUUCGGAGGACUCAACAUGCAUUCAUUAAUCCUGCUGUAACAAUUAUACUCCGCAUGGGUGCCGGUGGGCAUGGUGUACCUCCUUUGGGGAGUCCUGAUGGUAGAGUCAGGUAUAAAUUUGCAUCAUUUUGGAACAGGAAUCAUGCAUUCAGAGCUCUUCAGCGUGCAAGAAAGAAUUACCAUGGAAUGCUAGAAGCUGAAAAGAAGGAGAAGGCAGAGUCAGCGUUGCGUGCACAUAGCAGUUCUAUAAGAGGAAGUAAAAGUCAGGCUAUGAUUCCUGAAGAUAUCAUCCCCAAUACUGGGAAGCGCCAAGCUUUUAUCAAGGAUGAAGCUUUGAACAGUAUAUUUAAUGAUACUUUUCCCUGCACAGCUGAGAAUUACUUCAAUUUAUUGUUGAGUGAUAAUUCAAAUUUUACAAACGAGUACCGUUCAGCACGAAAGGAUACUAAUCUUGUAAUGGGACAUUGGCAUCCAGCAGAUGAAUAUGAUGGUCAAGUAAGAGAGAUAACAUUCAGGGGUCUUUGUAACAGUCCCAUGUGUCCUCCGGACACUGCCAUGACAGAGUGGCAGCAUGCUGUUUUGUCACCUGACAAGGAAACACUGGUGUUUGAGACAGUACAACAGGCUCAUGAUGUUCCAUUUGGUUCUUACUUUGAGAUCCAUUGUAGGUGGAAGUUGGAGACUAACGCUGAAAACUCAUGUAUCAUAGAUAUAAAAGUGGGUGCACAUUUUAAGAAAUGGUGUCCGAUGCAGUCUAAAAUAAAGUCGAGCGCUAUUAAUGAGUACAAGAAAGAGGUUGAGGUGAUGCUGGAAGUUGCCCGCUCCUACAUUAAGUCAAGUACUUCGGCCGGUGAGACUGACAAAGUCACUUCCUCACCCUCUCAAGAGAGCAGCUAACCGGACCAAAACGAUUGUAGCAUAUUUUCUUUUAUACAAUAUUCACAGGUAUGAUGAGAGUGACAGAGUUAAUCAUAUCGAAAUAGGUUUUUCUUUGUUCCACUUGUAACUUCACCCCGUCUCCUUGUGAGAAAGCUAGUGGUGGUGGGGUAUGUCUAGUUCUUCAUGAUGGAAUAGUCUUUCUUUUUCCUUCAUCUCCUAUAGGGGCAGUGGAGAGGAGAUUGGUGCAUGUAAAAGAUCUCAGUUUUGCCCAUUGUAUAAAUUCUUAUGUUGUAAUUACUGCCAACUAUAUUGAAUUUGUAUAGGCUAGUUUCAGUGAA